CAGGCUGUGAUCAUGGAUCGUGUGGGAAAGAUCAUCUUCUACGAGGACAGGAGCUUCCAGGGCCGCUGCUAUGAGUGCAGCAGCGACUGCCCCGAGCUCAGCUCCCACUUCAGCCGCUGCAACUCCAUCCGCGUGGAGAGCGGGGCCUGGGUGAUCUUCGAGAGACCCAACUUCACCGGUUACCAGUACGUCCUGAUGAGGGGGGAGUACCCCGACUUCCAGCGCUGGAACGGCUUCAACGACACCAUCCGCUCCUGCCGCCUGAUCAGACACACUUCCGGGAUGCACAGGAUCCGCGUCUACGAGCGCCCUGACUUCAGCGGCCAGAUGAUGGAGUUUUGCGAGGACAUGCCCACCCUGCAGGACCGCUUCCGCUUCCGCGAGGUGCACUCUGCCCACGUGCAGGACGGCGCCUGGGUCUUCUAUGAGCACCCCACCUACAAGGGUCGCCAGUACCUGCUGGAGAGGGGCGAGUACCGCAGGCACUCCGAGUGGGGGGCCCUGCACCCCACCGUGGGCUCCUUCCGACGCGUCCUGGACUUUUAG